GCUGGAUGCCCGAAGUUCCAUUCUAUUUUUGCUUUAAAGUUAUGAUCUCAAAUUCGCAUAGGUAUUUGAACGUAUUAACGAGAAGAUUUAGCGGUCAGCGUCCAUCGUAGCGACUGCCAGCUUAUUCGGAAGAGCCCGGGGCUUUACAGUCGCAUGCCACAUGCCGAGGCAUGUGGCCGGUUAGGGCGUUGGAGCCGACGGCCGGCGAAGCUCCGUAGACGUAGGCGGCGCACGACUAGUCACCCCGAUCACAUGCUAACCAGCAGAGAAACGGCAUCUACGGCCAUCUAUUGGUCUAUCUGGGAUAAGAUUAGAUUAACCAAAACACGCGGUCUGGGAGACUCAGGUAGGAGAAAAUGUCCAUAAGUGUGGGCUUAACAAGCAUUCUUCUCUCAAUCCAAA